AUGUCCUCUGAAUCUGUUGUCAAGACCGCUAACUGGAGAUUGGUCGAAGUUGGCCGUAUCGUUCUUGUUAAGAAUGGCCAAGGUGCUGGUAAAUUAGCAGCCAUCGUGGAGAUCAUCUCUCAAAGAAAGGUUUUGGUUGAUGGUCCUGAAACCGGUGUUGACCGUCAAGCUAUCUCUUUGACUCAAGUUGUUUUGACUCCAUUGACUUUCAACUUGCCAAGAGGUGCUAGAAGUGCUACUGUUGCUAAGAAAUGGAACGCCGCUCAAGUUUCUCAAAAAUGGUCUACCACUUCAUGGGCUAAGAAGAUCGCUCAACGUGAAACACGUUCUAACUUGAGUGACUUCGAAAGAUUCCAAGUGAUGGUUUUGAAGAAGCAGCAAAGAUUUGCUGAAAAGAAGGCGCUAGCCAAGGCCUAA